ACAAAAAAAACAUCUAUCUGUGGAAUCUACCUUUUGACCAUCUCUGACCCCUUCUGACAUCGUACCCCUGACCCUAGACCACCCUCACCAUCCACCGCCACCAUGCCUAAAAACAGCAAGGUGACCCUGGGACUCCCUCACAGUGAUCCAGUCACUGAGUCAGUGGCGGACCUCCUGACCCUGGCCGAGCCCCUGGACUAUAAGAGCAGCCGGAUGAGUAUGGGUCUCAGCCCCGGGGCCCAGCCGGCCAUGGGCAAGGGCCUGCUGCCUUCUCCAGGGGACGAGGAGGGGAGGCCGGCCUGGAACAGCAAGCUGCAGUACAUCCUGGCCCAGGUCGGAUUCUCUGUGGGUUUGGGCAAUGUCUGGAGGUUCCCCUACCUGUGUCAGAAGAACGGAGGAGGUGCGUACCUGGUCCCGUACUUCAUCCUCCUCAUCCUCAUCGGGAUCCCUCUGUUCUUCCUGGAACUGGCGGUGGGACAGAGGAUUAGGAGAGGCAGCAUUGGGGUGUGGAACUACGUUUACCCUCAGCUAGGAGGCAUCGGGGUCUCCAGUCUAAUGGUGUGUGGUUUCGUGGGCCUGUACUACAACGUGAUCAUCGGCUGGAGCAUCUUCUACUUCUUCCAGUCCUUCCAGUACCCGCUGCCCUGGGCAGAGUGUCCAAUCAGAGUGGUCAACGGGAGCCAAGCCAUCAUCGAGCCGGAGUGUGAAAAGUCUUCUGCCACCACCUACUUCUGGUACCGGCAAACCCUGAACAUCACCAGCACCAUCGAGGACAGCGGAGGCCUCAACUGGAGAAUGACCCUGUCCCUAUUCGCCGCCUGGCUCAUCGUCUGUCUGGCAGUGAUCAAGGGUAUCCAGUCAUCUGGGAAGGUGAUGUACUUCAGCUCUCUCUUCCCCUACGUGGUGUUGAUCUGUUUCCUCGUCAGAGGCCUGAUGCUCAAAGGAUCUGUUGACGGCAUCGCUCACAUGUUCACCCCAAAGUUGGAGAAGAUGCUGGAGCCCCAGGUAUGGAGGGAGGCAGCCACCCAGGUGUUCUUCGCUCUGGGCCUGGGGUUCGGAGGGGUCAUAGCCUUCUCCAGCUACAACAAGCGGGACAACAACUGUCACUUUGACGCAGCGUUGGUCUCUAUCAUCAACUUCAUCACCUCCAUCCUGGCUACGCUGGUGGUGUUCGCCGUGCUGGGUUUCAAGGCCAACAUCAUGAACGAGAAAUGUGUUGUGGAGAAUGGUGAGAAGAUCCUAGGUUACCUGAACACAGGUGUGUUGAGCCAUGAUCUGAUCCCUCCCCAUGUCAACUUCUCUCACCUGUCAGCUGUGGACUAUCAGGAGAUGUAUGGAGUGAUCAAGACUGUCAGGGAGGACAGCUUCAGUCAGCUUGGACUGGACCCUUGUAUACUGGAGGACGAACUCAACAAGGCAGUGCAGGGAACAGGCCUGGCCUUCAUCGCCUUCACUGAGGCCAUGACCCACUUCCCUGCCUCUCCCUUCUGGUCUGUCAUGUUCUUCUUCAUGCUGAUUAACCUGGGGCUGGGGUCCAUGAUCGGCACCAUGACAGGGAUCACCACACCUGUACUGGACGCCUUCCCCAAGAUCCGCAAGGAGUUCCUCUGUGUUGGUUGUUGCAUUGUAGCGUUCUUCUGUGGCCUGCUGUUCGUCCAGCGCUCAGGGAACUACUUUGUGACCAUGUUUGAUGACUACUCAGCUGGCCUGCCUCUCACUGUGGUGGUUAUGCUGGAGAAUAUAUCUGUGGCCUGGAUCUACGGCACCAAGAGGUUCAUGCAGGACCUAGAGGACAUGUUGGGUUUCAGACCUUACUCUUUCUAUUUCUAUAUGUGGAAGUAUGUAUCUCCUGCCUGUCUCACCGUGCUCAUCGUUGCCACUGUGAUAGAGAUGUCCGUCAGUCCUGCUGGGUACAAUGCCUGGGUGGAGGAACUGGCGUCGGAGAAGUUCCUCUCCUACCCUCCGUGGGCUCUGGGCGUGGCCUACUCCCUCAUCAUCGCCGCCAUGCUUCCUCUCCCCUGCGUCUUCAUCGCCCGCCACUUCAACCUGCUCUCUGACGGCUCCAACAAGCUGUCCGUCUCCUACCGUAAAGGCAUGACCAAGGACCUCUCUGGUCUAGAAGAGGAGAACGAGUCCCGCUUCAUCCUCGGUAAAGGCACCCCCAGCCCCAGCCCCUCGCCCAUGCCUUCUCACCGCCCCUACCUGGGGCCGGGCGGAGCCCAGGAGAUGACCAACGCUGCUGGAUAUGGUACCGGGACACCGACCAAGACGGGUUAUCAGAAUAUUCAUUCGCCAGAGUCCGAACUAUGAUCGAUCUGACUGACUGAAGCACAAGACACCCUAUCUAUCAAACCCAACACAGCACAUCCAGAGACAGAGAGAGAGAAAGAAAGAGCAUAUCCGUAAAGCACAGCCCCCCCCCCCCCC